GGGCCACAAGACCAAAGAAGAAGACGGAAGGGGCGAUUUUGUAGGUUAAAUAAAUCAAAAUAAAUACUUUAUCCAGUAUGUUUGGGAUGUUCGGGAACGAUGACGACGACGAUUUUAGUCCAUCUCCCAGUUCAAAGUUGUCGUCUCUCUUCAACUCUAGCGGUACCCCAGACGAUUUAAAUAGUAAUUCUUUAAUAUACAAAGCCCCAAGACAACCUAAAGCUAAACCAGAGACCGAUCACGUUGAUAAUUCGAAAGACAACAGGACGCCGUCGUCAGUUAUCUUGGCAAAAGUUAUUACCUUGUGGACUAUCGAAUCCAAUAAACAGAAACAUUUAGGUAAGCACAUCAUCGCGAUCAUCGGGUGCCCCCUCAAAAACGUAUUCGAGGCAAUCAUUUACAAGGAGAAAAAUAACAUUCUGCUGCGGAGGCUUCUGAACGAGACCUGCCAAUGGCACAAAUACCCGAACAAUUUCGUCUCGUUUUACCACAACGACAACCAAUUUUGGACGUUGAGUUUCGAUCACACCCACGACAGGGACGGGUUUUUAGGUGAGGUGUCUAAACACAAUUGUCCUGUAGUGGACAAGAGUACCACAGUGCCUAGCGAACCAUCGCAACCACAGCUGGUGGGAAAUAAUGGCAAUUCCGAUAGCGAAUUAUCAAAAACCAAAGCUGAUAUCUUAUCGAGGAUUACCAAAAUGGGGCAACAGAUAUUGCCGGAGAGCGCGUUGCAGCAAACGACUGGCACCGAGUAUUCCGACUCGGAAACCGAAGAUUUGCCCAUAAAAAAACCCGUAACCACCCCCAGGAAGUCGAAAAGGAGCAGCCACCAAGAGAAAUUAGAUGUUGCUCAGAUAGUAACGCCUGGCAGCCAAAUCGCGUUCAGUCACCCGCAGGGCGGAGCUUAUCCCCACCCGUACGCCGACUUUGGUUACGUCGGGUACUUGGCUGCGCAAAACGCCGAUUUAAAGACGAAUUUAGCCGAAAUAAAUUACAAAUUAAAUCGCGUUUUGAACAACGGAAAGGAUUGCGGCGACGAGGACGUGGCGAAAUUAAAAUCGGAAAUCAAAAUUCUAAAAUUAAAGAUCGAAAAUGUUAAUUCGGAAUUGGAAGGGUGCGAGAAGAAGUGCAACACACUAAGGGAGGAGUACGACCGUAAAUGCGAGGAAGUGCGGGACCUCGGGGACCGACUUAAAUGGGAUAAGGACGAGAAAAAAUCAGAGGCGGAACAUCUGGAACGAGAGCUUGAGAUUGCGAAAAGGGAGAUUGAAAAUAGGGACGAGGUUGUUCGGGAGCAAAAUUUAAAAUUGGAGGAGUUAGAAGGUAUAAGUCGAGAGCAUCGGCGGUGCAGGGACGAGAUCCAGUCCCUAAAUGAUCAGAUUUUGGAGCUUCGAAGCGAUACGAAGGAGAAAAGCGAUAACCAAGAAGUGGGGAAGGUGAUCAGGAAAAGUAUGAAUGAAGCGUUUGCAGGAAUAAUGGAAAAUUUUCGGGAAGAUAUUUCGUAUAGUUCUGAAGCGAUACGGCUGGUCGUAUUGCAACAGCUGAAGAAAACCACUUUCGAUAUUGUAGCAGGGCUCAAGUAGGGCAGGUACAAAGAAAAACGUUUCUUUCAAAACGGGUUUUAAUUAUCCCUAAAACGCUCCUAAGGCUUCCACAGCC